AUGCCGGUAUCCAGAUCAGAAAGCAGAAACGACGUGGCUGACGUUCAGUUAGAAUAUCAACAAGAGCUGGAAGCACUGGAACGUCAAUAUCGAAAAAUGAAAAACGAGAAAAAGAGCUACAAAGUCGAGACUGAUAAUAUUCUUCGGCGUCAAGAAUUCGAGAUUGAGAAACUUGCAAAAGAACACCAAGACGUUGAAGCACUGUUAAAUGUUUCGGUCAGUCGGUACAACAAGGAUUUCGACAAAGGAAACGUAAAGAAAUUGAACAAUUUGUUAGAAAAGGAUUUCGUUAUACAAGAGGCGUCCUGGGAAGGUAAUCAUGCUUUAACUAUGCUUGAUAGGCGCAUCACCGCUACAAAAGAGGAAGUUUUGAAGAAGCAGAUAUCUUGUGGACAACCUUUGGAUCAAUUUGCUAUCCAAAGACACAUUCGUAUCAUGGAGAAUCGGGUUUAUAACUCCAAUAUGAGGUCAGUCGAUUAAAUUACUUGUUUAAGUAAUCUAUACAAAGACUGAGUGAUCGAACAGAGCAAGUUAAGCAAGUUUAAAAAGUAUAGUUGAGAAAACCCAAGGGACGAAAGAAAUGGUUUUGACAACGUUGAAACUGAUAAGAGAGAGUAAUUAUUUCGGAGAUUAUAGUAUAAAGGGGGUAAAGACAACUGCGAAAAAGAACAACGUUUAUAAUGGGGCGUAUACAUGCACAGAUUUAUGUGAAUUUUCAUAACUGAGGUUUCCUUUAUUACCUGAUCAUGAAGAAUUGGUUACAUUUCUAACGUCGUGAAAUCGUAUGACAGUAUCUCAUUGGUUCUCGGAAUGUUUUGCUGCUACAGCUAAUAAUAAUUUCACAUAAUUAUUUCUAUAUAGGUACGUAAUGGUGCAAUUUGGGGAAAAAACAUGCAAUAGUAAUUUUUUCAAAGACGGUCAAAAGUCUUUGUAAUGCGAAGGACAAGUUCAAUUUGGAAACUUGCGAGUGGUUGUUUUCCAAAUUGGACGAGAAAACAUACAAUUAUACUUAUUAAUAACAUACAUGAAAAUUUAUGCAGCAGCAAAUUCGUGGCACUUUGAGGCACGAAACGCAUGCGAAAUAAAUUAUUUACUCUGCACUCAAUUCAUGAAUGACAUAACAAUUUAAUACAAAUUUAUAUGUCUGUCAGUUAAAAUUUACAUAAAAAAGAAAUGCAUGUAUUUCUUUUUUUGGCACUGUAUUUCGAUAAAAUUUCCACUUAAGUAAUUGAGUAAUUUUUUCAUGUAUAUUAUUAUGAGGGCAAUAGACGUAGCGAGCGAAUUCCUGAAUGUUUAGCGGACGGGGAAACGCAAUAUAUCAUUUUAGUCACCCUCUGUUUUGUAAGUACAAUAACUUGUGGGAGAACUUAUUUAUCCGUUCUUUUUAAUACAUUGCUCUCAGAUUUAACAAGACUUUGACAAAAAAUGCAAAACGAAAAGGGACAAUUGAUUACAUCUCUGUUCAAAAGAUGCGAUUUCGUGAAUUAUACAGAAAACUAAACAGAGAGUUCCAGAAUGGGAAAACAGAGAUAGACAAUGUGGUUGAAUCCAGUCUCAGUUAUUUCCACGCUCGUGAUGAGGCCCAACAUCGUAUGGCGUUUUUAAGAGAGAAAGCAGAACGUGACCUUACUCUUUACAACAUGGAAUUAAAAGUAAAUAUUGAGUUAGUUGAUAGUCUGUCUGUCUGUCUGUCUGUCUGUCUGUCUGUCUGUCUGUCUGUCUGUCUGUCUGUCUGUCUGUCUGUCUGUCUGUCUGUCUGUCUGUCUGUCUGUCCUGUCCUGUCCUGUCUGUCUGUCUGUCUGUCUGUCUGUCUGUCUGUCUGUCUGUCUGUCUGUCUGUCUGUCUGUCUGUCUGUCUGUCUGUCUGUCUGUCUGUCUGUCUGUCUGUCUGUCUGUCUGUUAUUUAGUUAUCGAAAUUCAACAACAUUAAGUUCUCGUUAUUUUCUUCAGGAUGUUAUGAGGAUAAUUGAUCAUGAUCGGAAGCUCCGAAAUUUCAUGAGCACGAAAACUGAAGAUCGUUCAGGCAUCCUGGAACAGGCUAUCUUUAAGAGGCAAAAUAAACGCAUGACAAACUUACUUGGAAAUCUUAAAGUAGAAGCCAGCAAGUACGAAGAGAUUUUCAGCAAAAUCAGAGAGGUUAGUGUAGAAUAAUGUAGUAUACACUUAACGAUUACUUAGGCAACCUUUCUGUAUUGGACAAUUAGUAGCCUGUGUACAGCCGCUACUCUCGGCUUUUCUCAUUUUCAUUCUCACUGUUUUUACUGCAGAAUAGCGAAUAUUGUCCGAUCCAAAAGCUACCAGAUUUUAACGUUUUCCAACAGCAAUUGCUUUAAACUUAAGAUCUGAUUUCUCGACGAGCAAGUGUAGAGGGUAUAAUAUGUAAAGGGAUAGUCUAUAAUUUUUAAAUUUUGAUGGAACUUGGAAAAACUGAAAGCUAUUGAAACCAAUGGCAUUGCAUUUAAUUCCGUCAUGCCUCAGGCGGUAACUUGUCACGCUGUACGUAUAAUGUUACGCUUUGCGGCUUGUCGCCCAAUCAUUUGACGCGUGUCGUAUGAUGUUACACAAGAUGUGACAUGGUUUCAGAUAUACGAAGUAGAACCUAAUUCUGUAUAGCAACCUUACUUUCAACAUAUAUCGCAAUAAAGAAAAACCUCGUAAAGAAGAAUUUAAGUAUUCAAUCAUGCAGACAUUUAGAAAAUUACAGAGAACUGGAAUAGCUAGCUUCUCCCGGAAAACUGCCAACUCACUGUCCCAUUAAAUAAUAUUAGCGGUAUCAUGCCCUAUGUUUUAUGUUCGCAGGUCACUGGUAUACAUGACAUUGAUCAAUUGGUUUCCCAAUUCAUCAAAAUCGAAGACGAAAAUUUUGCUCAGUUUAACUACGUCAACGAAGUGAAUACGGAAACCGAGGCUCUACAGGAAGAGACAAGAGAAAGAAAAGCUGACAUGGCGGACAUGGAAAAGACAAGCACCCAAAUUGACAAACGACGCAGAGAAAUUCUGAGUCAACUCGAAGUGAGAUUUUCGGAAGUGUGCUCGAAAAGGCAGAAAAUACAAGAGCAAUACAAGCAGGCUAAGAAAAUACUGGAGCAAGUGAAACCAAAGAUUGAUCACCUCUUUAAAUCUGUAAAAUGCAACCGUUCUGCCGUAACUGACCUUCUGGGCAACACUGCCGGCUUAACAGAGGACAACGUAAUGUCGUUCUUAGGUAUUAUUGAACAACGUACCAAUGAACUGCUCCAAGUGCACUGUAUUCAAAAAUUGAAAUACGGAUUAGAAGAUGCAAACAGGCACCUUAUGAUAGCUGACACGAUGUUUCCAGUGGCCGCAGAAAGGUAUCCGCCAUUGUCUAUUAAACCACCUUCAAUUGCCGAUGAUGAUGACAUUGGAGGCCCAAUAAUCGAUCUCGCGGAUAGUCGACCUGUUUCAUUCAAAGAAGCUAAAGCCUUAGUCAACAAAGGAGUCGUUUGUGUACGAGAAGUUACGAAGGACUCGAAGAAGCAGGUUCGAAGUACGGUGUAA